CGUCGGGUGGUGUCAGCUAGGUGCUGCGGCCCCAAGGGGUAAGAGUGUGUGGGGAGAGGCAGAACCGUGAGGUUGCGGCCUGGGGUGGCCCCCGUGACCCUCGCAGCCCCGCGUCGAGCCCGGCGCGAGCACCUGCCGGCCCUGGAGCCGAUGCCAGUCAGGCCCUCGGGACGGCCGGGCGGCGCUAGAGGUUCCGGUCCAGACCAUGCUCUCAGGAGCAAGAUGACUGCGGCAAGAUAAGGAAGCGGAGGCCGCAGGGCCAGAGGCGCGGUUUACAGCCCUGGACAGAGGCCUUUCUCGGAGCAUCAGGACAGAGGCAAGGCUCGGAACGCAGAAUUCCCCAAAGCAGCAGAAAAUGAUCACGCCACAGAUCUCUUUUGAGGACGUGGCUGUGGACUUCACGUUGGAGGAGUGGCGACUACUAAAUCCUACCCAAAGGAACUUGUACCGAGACGUGAUGUUGGAGAACUACAGCAAUCUUGUGUUCCUGGGUCAUCAAACCAUCAAACCUGAUGCCGUUUUCAAGCUGGAGCAAGAGCCCUGGAUAGUAAACGAAGAAAUAGUAAGUCACCACUUCUCAGAAGAACUCUGGAUAGAUCAUAAUCUCAGAAUGUGGCACCAAGAUAAUGGAGACAAGCUUAAAAGCAUGGAGAGAGGCCAUGAAUAUGAUGUUUUGGGUAAAAUAUUUCAUUCAAGUAUUAACUUUGUUCACUUAGGAAUGAGACUCCAUAAAUGUGGCACCAGUGAAAAAAAUGUGAAUCAUCCUCUUGAUUUUCUUCAUAAAAAUAACUGUGGAGGAAGGAAACUUGAGCUCAAUAAAAAACUGUUAUUCUAUAUGAAAACUGACAAAGCCCAUGUUGGAAUAAAAUACACUGAUGGCAAUAAAUGUAGAAAGAACAGCAGCAAAGAGUCAUGGCUCAUGACAAACCAUGUAACACACAGAGGAGUCUAUCUGUGCAUGGAAUGUGGCCGAGUUUUUAACAAGAAGUCACAGCUUGUUGUGCACCAGAGAACUCACACAGGAGAGAAGCCCUAUGGGUGCAACGAGUGUGGGAAGGCCUUCUCCCAGAAGUCUCUGCUCACUAUCCAUCAAAGGACACACUCAGGAGAAAAACCGUAUGGGUGUGGUGAAUGUCCAAAAGCUUUCAGUAGGAAGUCACUGCUCAUUUUACAUCAGAGAACACACACAGGAGAGAAGCCCUACGGCUGCAGUGAGUGUGGGAAAGCCUUCAGCAGGAAGUCACAGCUUAAAAGACACCAGAGAACCCAUACAACAGAGAAGCCCUAUGAAUGCAGUGACUGCGGGAAAGCUUUUUCCCAGAACCUAAAGCUCAUUGCACAUCGGAGGACACACACUGGAGAGAAACCCUACACUUGCAGUGACUGUGGAAAAGCCUUCUUUUGGAAGUCUCAGCUCAUUACUCAUCAGAGGACUCACACAGGGAAGAAACCGUAUGCAUGUGGGGAGUGUAAAAAAGCCUUCAGCAGGAACUCACUCCUCAUUAGACACCAGAGGAUUCACACAGGGGAGAAACCCUAUGAAUGCAGUGAAUGUGGUGAAGCCUUCAUCAGAAAACCACAACUUAUCAGGCAUCAGGUAACUCACACAGGAGAGAAGAACUACCAGUGCAGUGACUGUGAGGAAGCCUUCUUUAAGAAGUCAGAGCUAAUUCGACAUCAGAAGCUUCACUUAGGAGACAAGCCCUAUGGGUGUGUGGAAUGUGGGAAAACCUUCUUCGGUAAGUCACAGCUCCUUACACAUCAGAGAACUCACACUGGAGAGAAACCUUUUGAGUGCAGGGAAUGUGGGAAAGCCUUCACCCAGAAGUCCAGCCUGAUAUCCCAUCAGAGAACUCACACAGGUGAGAAGCCCUAUGAAUGCGGUGAAUGUGGGAGAACAUUCAGUGAGAAAUCAAGUCUCAUUCACCAUCAGAGAACCCAUACUGGAGAAAAACCCUUCGAAUGUAGUGAAUGUAGAAAAGCUUUUGCCUGGAAGCCGCAGCUUCUUAGGCACCAGAGAAUACACACAGGGGAGAAACCCUACGCAUGCAGUGAGUGUGGGAAAGCCUUUGUUCAGAAAGUGCAGCUCAUUAAACACCAGAGAAAUCACACAGGAGAGAAAGCCUAUGGAUGCAGUGAUUGUGCAAAAGCUUUCUUUGAGAAGGCACAGCUGGUCAUACAUCAGAGAAUUCAUACAGGAGAGAGACCCUAUAAAUGUGGUGAGUGUGGGAAGUCUUUCACUAGGAAGUCACACCUUAUGAGGCAUCAGAGACUUCAUACAGGAGAUAAAUACUAUGGGUGCGGUGAAUGUGGGACUACCUUCAACAGGAAGUCACAGCUCGCGCUCCACCAGAGAAAUCAUGUCAGGUAGGAAGCACACGAGUGCAGUGAGUAUGGAAGGCCUGCUAGCAGGCACUUUGCCUCCUGAUAUUUCUGAGGACACAGAGAGGAACCCUGUCAAUGCAGUGACUGUUGAAAAAAGUUUUAUUGGAAAGGCAGGUGUCACUAAACAGAAUCAGAAAGAGGACUUUUUUUUUGUUGACAGUAUAAGAAAGCCUUCUCCCAGAAGACACAAUUUAUUACACAUUAAUAAGUUAUCUAUCAACAUCGUGAUAGUACAGAACCUUUUCGUUAAAAGUGAAAGCUUAUUAAAUAUUUAGAAGACCUAAACAGGAGAAAAACUGUAUAGUCAUAGCAAGUGAAAGAUUUCAUUGAGUGAGGCUAACGCAUACUAGAGAACGUGUGCACAGGGGAAAUACUGAGGAUCAGAGGUUUCAUACAGAGGAGUAGUCCUAAUAAUCUGAGGAAUUCGUAAGCAUGAUCCUAUUGAAAUAAUACUAUAAAGAAGCUGUGUUUGUUGCAAAUAAAUUAUAUAAAAGAUGGUCAUUUUUCAAUGGUAGGUGUGUUUUAAGUAUGAAGACUUCUUUCUGCCAUGGUGGUAGAACAAGGAAUAGAUUAACUCCCUUGCCUCAAGUAGCUAAAAAACUGUACUAUAUAUGAAAUAAUGGUGUUUUUUAAAAAAUAUUUAUUUAUUUAUCUUUAGAGGGGGAGAGAAAUAUCAAUGUAUGGUUGCCUCUUGUGCGUCCCCUGCAGGGAACUGGCCUGCAGGGAACUGGCUUGCAACCCAGGAAUGUGCCCUGACUGGGAAUUGAACCGCAAUCCUCUGGUUUGCAGACCUGCGCUCAAUCCACUGAGCUACACCAGCCAAUAAUGGUUUUUAGACAUGACAAGCACAGGUUUGUGACCUGUGGUAGGAGGAGGACAAAGUGGUGGCAGUUUCUAGGCUGCAGCUCAGGGAAGGUAACAGACACGACAGUGCUGAAUUGAGUAGAGUUGCUGAAUUGGCAUUUGGGGAGGCCACCAUAACUAGAAUUUGCAAGGGAAAGUACUGGAAAAGAGGGAGCUUCUUAGGGAAAGGACUUCAGAAAAUCUACAAGGCAUCCCCUGGAGUCUUUAGACUUAGUACCAAUUUGCAUAUCUGUGAAAAGAAACUUCCUGAAACCAGGUAAAGUAGGACAGAGAGCAGGGGGCUAAACAGUUCCUAGAACUCAGUGCCGGGGCUGGGAACAGUUCUCACCAGCCAGAGUGGAAACAAAUUUAACGAUUGGGGCACCUUGCAGAACCCCCAGCAGCCCGCUGCCUCAGUGGUGACAGUGACUAACCCUAGAUUCAAAGCUACUCUGGGCCCACAACGUCUGGCAUCCGAAAACUUAAUGGCAUGCAAACUAGCAGGAAAAUGGGACUGGUAACAAGUAGAAAUCAAUAGAAAGAGACCUAGAAAAUACUGAAGUGGCUGGAAUUAGUACAGAAGGAUGUUCAUAUAGCUAUUAUAUAGAGAGAAAACAUGAAUCUGAUGGAACUGGAAGUGGAAGGUAUUUUUUAGAGCCCAAAGGGUAUUUCUCAGGAUGAGAACAACAUCUUAAAAUUUAAAAAUAAAUGGUGCAAUUAAUAACAGAUUAAACACAGAAGAACAAAAAAUAAUGAGCUUGAAGAAUAAAAAACAAAAGCUAUCCAAAUGAUGUACCAGAGAAAAAAGACAGAGGGAAGCGAAUGGGGAGUUGGCGACAAUGUGUAACACACAAGUGACUCGAGUCCCAGGAGAGAAGAGAGAAGAUGCACAAGAAAGUAUCUAAAUAAGUAAUGGCUGAAAAAUUCCACAUACAUGAAAAGUGUAUCUUCACAUAUUCAAGAAGCUCAGAAACACAAAACAGAAAAAGAACAUAAAAUCAUGCAGUGACACCACAUCCACUGAAUGGAAACCUGUGUGAACAAUAAUUAAGAACCUGAAGGAAAAAGAAGGCACGAAGGAUGACAGCACACUUCUGGUCGGAAACUAUGCAAGCUGGAAGACAGUGAAGUCCCAUCUGUAAAUUACUGAGAGUGUGAGAAAACCUACAGUAGAGUUCUAUUACCCAUCGAAGAUGAAAGCAAAAAAAGAAUUUUCAGAAAAACAAAGAGAAUUUCUAUCUGGUAGACCUGCCCUCAAGAAACAUUAAAAGGCUUUUGGUCAGCAGAAAAAUAACAGUGGAAAUUUGCAUCUGCAGGAGGAAGGGAGAGUUCUGGAAAUGGUUAUUAAUAUAUGGGUAAAUAUAAAAGAUAUUUUUCUUAUUUUAAAAUCUUAAAAGGUAAUAGCCCUGCCCUUGCUGAUGUGCCUCAAUGGAUUGUCGGUGUGGGAACAAAAAAGGCUGCUGGCUUGAUUCCAGUCAGAGCACGUGCCUGGGUUGCAGGCUGGGUCCCCAGUAGGGGGCACAGGAGAGGCAACUGAUCAAUGUAUCUCCUGUGUGUUGAUGUUCCUCUCCCUCUCUUUCUUCCUCCCUUCCCCUCUAAAAAUAAAUAAAAUCUUUAAAAAUAAAUAAAUAACAGGUAAUAGUCCUGCUUACAGCCACAGCAAUGACGGUGUAUUUUAGGUUGUGAUCUACUUAGAAGUGAUCACAGUGGUAUGUAAGUAGGAACCUUUAAAAACAGCUGAAUAGACUGUAUCGCCUGAGUCAGAAACCUGUUUGCUCAAGGCUCAGCAUGACUUGUUUUUGUAGUAGCUGCACGGAGUUGUUCUGUGUGCUGUGGAUCUGUACCUGUGCUGGCUGUUCUGGGUCUCCUGUCUGUUAGCUUCUCUGCUCUGCGUCCCGAGGGCUGUCCCCCAGGGAACGUGUGGCUAGGGUUGCUGCUUAGGUCAAACAUGGGAGGCACUUGUAUGAAAUGAGCGGAGGGAGGCAGAGGCUGGAAUGUUUACUUGUCCCUCCUGCUGACCCGCAGUUUGGCAGCCUCUCUCCCUGUGUCACUGCAGCUCCCAGUGGGAGCCUCGGCUUUAGUUUGGGACAUCCCUCUCCUUGCUCUUCAGGUCGAAGGGUGAUCACUGCUUCCGGCUGCUUCACCUGGUCAGUUUCCUUCAUUCUGAACACACGCUGUAAAUAGUCCCUUUAUCAAAUGUUCUUCAGCUAAUAUUUUGAGUGCAUGUGUUUAAUGAAGAGCAUCAGUCACUAGUACUUGUGUCUCAUGGGGCACAGAUGGACACCUAUCAAGAUUUUCCUCAUUAAAUAUCAAUAUUUUGUGUUUUAACAACUCAGUAAAAAUUGCAACAAAUAUCAAAGUGGUUUCUGUUACAAAUGGAAAUGCUCAGAAGGUUGCCAUCUACUACAUAUGCAGGUGGUCUGGCAGCUGUUACCCUUCUUCGGUAACAUCACCAAAAUACUUAUAACAUCUCGUGCUACCUCUGGGUUAGCCAAACAACUUACAAGAAAGCAAUUAGCAUGUUAAUUAUGUAUGCAUAAGAAAAAAACGACAACCCAUCACUGAGUGAAGGAAGGAGCAAUAGACUGUACUUCCCAGUACUCAUUUUUUUAAAUUGUGCUGUGCAAUUAAACAUCCUCAUUCCAUAUUCUGCUGUUUUUACUCUGUAUAAUUCAUAGUCUGUAACCACAGACAAGAUUUUCAUUUCUGUAGUCAGUUACUUUAGAGAAUCUCCCAAAGGCUCCACAGCAGUUCCCAUCACAAACUGUCAGAACAUCGCCAUUGCUCAGAUCAAACCCAACUUGCUGUCCUCACCACCUCGUGAAGCCCAGUGAGUGUGGAUGCAGCAGAGGCCUGAUGCCAACAGCACCAUCCCAUCCGUGUCAAACACCUCUUCACUAGCUCACCUGCCUGCUCUCACCAGCUCACAAGCCUCGCUGGAAGGGAGAGAACUGCCAUCCAGCUGCGUGUACAGUAGUGUCUUAAUCUGCGUGUGGAAGGAGCUUUUCAUGCGGGUUUUCCAUUUUGUGUCAGUCCGGGAGGCACCAUUCACAACAUAGCCUGUGUUAAUCCAAUUAGGUACCACUCUGGUCCCGACUUUAUGGAAUCAGCCAGCGAGUGAAACAACAAUUCUGAGGCUUGGGCAUAGUUGGAAUGCAGUGUGGCGACAGCUCCCUGUGACUGUUUCGCUGUCGUGGUGUUGUGCAGGAUAAUAAAGUGGUUCCCACCGUCAGGACCCUUCCCACCUGCUUGAGGGAAAAGCUAUUCUCACUCUCAUUAUCUUAGGAAGUUUCCUUUAUCUCAUGUCUGCCUGCAACUUAGAAGCAGGCAGUGCAGCAGCUCAAAAGAAUGAAAUUUAACUGAAUUACCACUAAAAAUGCCUCCCCCUCCAUUGCUGUUUCCUUCCAUCCCCUCCUGGACCUCAAAUGUAGUCAGUUUGUCCUGAGGCCAAACCUGUGGGUUUGGAGUGCCAACUGAUCCUGCCUUCUCUUCUUUGCACUUUGGGUCAGUCAGUCCUCACUGCAUCCAGGUACUGUUGGCAUCUUGUCACUGAGGCUUGCUUACAGAAUUCUAAGAUUAACUAAACACGGAACACCAAGUUUACUUAAUACCUAAAUCAUUCUAUUUAGGUAUUUAUCAAUAUGUAGAUUGUUAAAGGUAUUCAACAAAGAGAAUAUAGCUAUAAAAGCAGUCACUGCUGAGAUGAUAGGGAGAAAUAUAAGUGAUAUUUGUAACUUGAGUUUCUUACCUGAAGCAUUCCUAUCAUGGAAAAUUAUUUAUUUAAGAGAAAUCAAGCUCAGAGUCACACAAAGACGUGGGAAGCUGAUGGGCACUGGCUAUGACCAUGGGACAGGGGUGCGUUUCCACCCCAGAUGGCGGCGCGGGUUUACCCCAGACUGCGAACACAGGCCGGCUCCAAGGGCAUAAGCAAGUUCCAUACAUGUGUCCUCUUGUGUGUAAUGUUGUCAAGAAGCAGAAUGUGUCAAGUGAUGAUGUCUGAGAUCUGGGGCCAGCUGUGCUUCCCAUACAAGAAUGGGGCCAACAACUAAAUAUAAAGGUCAGGUUGCUGUUCUUUCAAGGAGGCACAGUCUCUGUUAGCUGCUGACAUUAGCUCCCACAGACAGUGCACCUAGGGGUUGGGGGGCUGCGCUGGUCAGACCUAUUGCUGACACUCCCCUCUGUGCCCACAUGUUUACUGAGUAAACUGGUGAGUCAACAUGAUUGAAUGUGAUCAUUAUGAGCAAUAAACUCUGGCUUCCAUCCCAGCUUGGUCUCCCAAACCUAACCUGAAUCCCUGCCAGUUUCCAACACGUAUGAUCAGAUACACCUAAAACAUCCAGUGAAAAGCACCUCCCGAUUCAAUUUUUAUUGGUGGUGUUAACAUGCCACCAAGCCCUUCACUCACUUAGCUGGGGUAUGGUGUCUAGGGCAGAGGGAAAACUGCUUUUUUGCAAACUAAACUUGGGGACUCCCUUAAUUGUCUGAGGCUUAAAAGACGAGAGUACUCACAGCUUAGCUGUGCCAAGAAUAUAAUUUCCAAAAGAGUAAAGAGGCACGCUGUGCCUUCUGAAGACAAGGGUCUGGGUGGGACUGCAGACAUUUACAGUUGGAAACGCCCAUCGCUGUUACCUGACUCAAAACCGAGUCACACAGGUGGGCAGUGUUUUGCCAAAGAUCACAUAGCGGCAGUGGGAUUCCACAUCGCCAGGUCCAGUGCUCCGCCUAUGGGACACACCGUUGUCCUUGGCUUUCGUUCCUGCCUGCCUUCCACCUCACUGGCACACACAGCCAGUUCCCAGCUUUGGUUAAUGCCCGAGUGUGGGUGUUAAACUGCAUGUUUGCCUUGUUGAGAGGGUUUCUGAUGGAGGGAAUGAGAAAUCAUGAACUCUGGCAUUUGUUAAUGCAGUGGCAUCUUUCUGUGUGGGGGGUGGGGGCACUUGUGCUACAUUAAGCUCUGUGCUUAGUGCUUUACUUUUUUUAAAGCUUUUAGCUCAUUACUGACUUUAAGGGACUUUGAUAGACCAAGGUCACUUGGGUACCAAGUAGCAGAGUUGGGUUUAAAUCCCUCUAUCUCCCCAGAAGCAAAGCACUCUUGAUGAUACUACUAUUAAUUAGUCUGUAGUCACCUCUGUUUAAAAUGGCUGUUUUCCGCAGUUCGAUUCCCAGUCAGGGCACAUGCUUGGGUUGCAGGCUGGUUCCCUGAAGGCCAGUUCCCAGCAGGGGACACAUAAAAGGCAACCAUACAUUGAUGUUCCUCUCCCUCUCUCCU